AUGAAGUGGCCAAGGAAACUGAAGUGGAACCCCAAGAGGGGAAACCCUAUGAAGUAUUGCAAGUACCACCACGGCACCAGGCACGACGUCAAGGACUGUUAUGACCUAAAGAAUGAAAUAGAGUCUCUCAUUCACCGAGGACACCUCAAACAGUUCGUCGGAGGAGAGGUCGGCACCUCGUCAUCCCAGCAGAAGCACCAGCAAGUGGCAGGCGUCAUCGACGUCCUUGUUGGGAGCAUGGCCUCGGGUGGAGCCUCAGCCUUGGUUCGAAAAGCCUACGCCAGACAGCUCAAUUUCCAGGAGCAUGCCCCGAAGAAGCAGAAAUACCCAGAUACUCCAUGGAGGCCGAGAUGUCUACAUGCCCUCAUCUUCACUGACGAGGACUUAGAGGGGGUUACUGUCCCCCACGACGAUGCCCUCGUGGUUGCAACCAUCAUCUCCAAUUUUAUGGUGAAAAAUAUCUUGGUGGAUAACGGCUUGUCAGCUGAUAUCAUUUUCUACGACACCUAUGAGAGAAGGAAGCUUGCCCAAGAGAGACUCUAG